AUUUGUGUAGAUGUUUGUAUAAAUGUUUGGAAUCGUAGAAUAAUUGCUUCAGAAAUUUCACGAGGUAUCAAAGUUGUUUUUUUCCAGUCCGAGCCAGCAUAAUCAAUGAUUGUUGCAAAAUUUUCAUGAAGCUUUUCUACGGACGCCAUUACAGCUCCUUCGCACCUUCCGACCUCAGAACCAGCACUCCCUCCAAAAUCCUCCAACUCUGCAAAUCCGGCUCCCUUUCUUCAGCCCUCCAACUCCUAAACUCCUUGCAUUCCCAUGAAAAAACCACCCUUAAACCAAUCAUAUACGCAUCUUUAUUACAGGCCUGCACGAAACAUCACUCUCUCUCCAUUGGACUCCAAAUCCACGCCCAUGCCGUCAAAUCCGGCUUCGAAACCGAUCACUUCAUCGGUAACAGCCUGCUUGCCUUUUACUUCAAACUGGGGUCGGAUUUUUCUGAGACGAGGAGGGUGUUCGAUGGUCUUUACGUCAAGGACGUUGUUUCCUGGACUUCGAUGAUAUCGGGAUACAUUCGGGUCGGAAGACCCACGAAUUCUGUUGCGUUGUUUCCAGAAAUGUUGGGUUUUGGGGUUGAGCCAAAUGGGUUCACCUUAUCUGCCGUGAUCAAGGCGUGCUCCGAGCUGGGUGACUUAAAGAUGGGUCGGAGCUUUCACGGGGUUGUUUUCAGACGUGGGUUUGGCUCCGAUUGUGUCAUUAUUAGUGCUUUGAUGGAUUUUUACGGGAGAAGUUACGAGCCCGGGGAUGCACGCCAGUUGUUUGACGAGUUGCUCGAACCGGAUGGUAUUUGUUGGACGUCGGUUAUUUCGGCUUUGACGAGGAAUGAUGGGUUUGACGAAGCAUUAUGGUUCUUUUAUCUGAUGCAGAGGGAUUAUGGAUUGUUGGUGGAUAAGUUUACGUUCACAACGGUCUUGACGGCUCUUGGGAAUUUAGGUAGGCUGAGACAAGGCAAGGAAAUGCAUGCGAAGGUAGUUGUAGCAGGAAUUCGUGGGGAUGUGGUAGUUGAGAGCAGUCUUGUUGACAUGUAUGGAAAAUGUGGAGUAGUUGAGGAAUCUAGAUGUGUUUUCAAUAGAAUGGCCCAUAAGAAUUCGGUUUCUUGGUGUGCGUUGCUUGGGGGAUACUGUCAAAAGGGUGAUUUUGACACUGUCAUUGAGCUUUUCAGGGAAAUGGAGGAGGUUGAUCUGUACAGCUUUGGAACAGUUCUUCGAGCUUGUGCAGGUUUGGCAGCUAUUAGGCAGGGCAAAGAGGUGCACUGUCGGUAUCUGAGGAAGGGUGAUUGGAGAGAUGUUAUUGUAGAAUCUGCUUUAGUUGAUCUUUAUGCAAAGUGUGGCUGUAUUGAUUUUGCUUAUAGCAUUUUCGUGCUUAUGCCAGCUAGAAAUUUGAUUACUUGGAACUCAAUGAUCUGUGGGUUCGCUCAGAACGGAAGAGGUGGAGAAGCUCUUAGGAUGUUUGAUGAGAUGGUUAACGAGGGGAUCAAGCCCGAUUACAUUAGCUUCAUUGCGGUUCUUUUCGCUUGUAGCCAUACAGGUUUGGUUGAUCAAGGACGCAAACAUUUCACUUCCAUGAGUGUAAAAUACGGGAUUAAACCUGGAAUUGAGCAUUACAAUUGCAUGAUUGAUCUCCUCGGCCGAGCUGGAGAAAUUGAAGAAGCUGAGAAUUUGGUAAGAAACGCAGAAUUGAAAGAGGAUUCCUCUCUUUGGGCAGCUCUUCUUGGUGCUUGCUCAACUAGUACGAAUUCUAUUGUUGCAAAGCGCAUUGCCGAGAAAAUGAUGAAGUUAGAACCUGACUACCAUUUGAGCUAUGUUCUUCUAGGUAAUGUGUAUAAAGCGGUUGGGCGGUGGAGCGAGGCUCAUAAGAUCUCGAGGCUAAUGCAAGAUAGAGGGGUUAAGAAGAUUACUGGCAAGAGCUGGAUUUGAGUAGACUGUGUUCUGCAAUUGGCAUGAGUUAUUUCCAGGGCUUGGGAAUGGGUUUGUAUUGCCAAAGAACUUCCCCCAUUAUCAACCGUCAAUCCAUUCAAAUCGGGUGGAGACCUCCCCCCACAGGGCAUAAAUAAAGUGAGUAGUAUCAGUUGGAGAGAGAAAUUGAAAGUAAAGAUAUAGGGUGAAGCUAUGCCUGCAGGAAAAGUAAGAGCUAAACCAGUCAUUUUUUACAAAGAAGGGAAGGAACCUACAAUUUGUUACUCCAGUAGAUUUUGGGCUAAUCAGAACUCUUAUAAAGUGGAAUUACGAUAAAAUCAAUAUUGACUUCUGUGGAGUUGGAUUAAAGUAAA